UUGCGGUGUGUUGCUAUGGUAAGACUUCCCUUUGAAACAGGAAAUGACAGAGCUGUAAGAAAGAGGGCUGGCAGGCGGCGUAGCUGUAGAGGGAAGCAGUUUGGAGCGGCGUCCUCGGUGUGGACACGGUCGACCUACCCCGAUGUGGCCAUGUCCCAGAAAAUGAACACUCUGGCUGUGCCGGCGGGUCAGAUGACCCAGGCGGUUUCUGAUGGGGAGCUCAACUUCAAGUUGUCCGGUCGUGGCAGCAGCUCCAGCCUAUCGGAGAGCUCGAGCAGGUCAGGUGGUCCUCAAGGUGGUGACGGUCCAGCCAGUCGCGUGGUCAGCUGGGCGGUGUGUUUCGAACGCCUGCUUGAAGACCAUGUCGGUGUGCGAUACUUCACCGAGUUUCUCAAAUCAGAGGUCAGUGCUGAGAAUAUCCUGUUCUACCAAGCCUGUGAAAAGUUCAAGAAAAUCCCUCCCACCAGACUGGAAGAGCUGAAGAAAGAGGCACGUUCCAUCUACAACAAUUUUCUUUCUGAAAGCUCUCUGCAUGCGGUUAAUAUCGACGAUACGGCCCAGAUGGAAGAGAGCUCAUUAGAGACGCCUACACCCGACAUGUUCAAUAAAGCACAGGGACAGAUCUUCAAGCUGAUGAAAAUGGACAGCUACACGAGGUUUGUCCGCUCUCCGUUGUACCAGAACUGCAUGCUGUCUUGUGUGGAGGGUCGUCCUCUUCCCAACAUUGGAACCCCGGAGCCCAGGAGCAAAGUGUCCAAAAAGAGUGCAACUCCGCCUAGUAACAGAAAGAGCGUUGAGUUGAAAGUGCCCUCAUUCGACAGCAAGACCAACAGGAAGAAGAGGUUAGAGAAGAGAGGCUCGUGGGGAGCCGACCAGUCGUAUCAGCAUGUGACGGUGUCUCGUAACGAUUCUCAGAUCUCAGUGAAGUCUAACAGCAGUCUGGAGUUGGUCUCUGGAUUCGGGCGAGCUGAGAACGGACGCUGCAAUGUGGCAAUCUCUGAUCCAGAGGCUUUGAGUUCUGGUUCUCCAUCAGCAGAUAAGUACUGCUGCGUCUAUCUGCCGGAUGGGACCGCCAGCCUGGCCCCUGCCAGACCCGGCGUGAGCCUCAGAGACAUGCUGAGCAGCCUGUGUGAGAAGAGAGGCUUCCCUCUGAAAGACGUCAUCAUCUGUUUACACGGCAACAAUAAGCCUCUUUCUCUGGAUCAGGACAGCUCUGUGUUUGGAGACCAGCAGCUCACUUUGGAGCUCAAAAUUACAUUUGCGCUGGACAUUGUGUUUGCAGGAAGAACGAUAGGAAUCAUCACAAAGUCCAGCAAGAAUUUGGGCAAUGCCCUUUCCACUGUCCUACAGAAACACCAGCUUCGACCUCAGGAGGUGCAGGUUACUCUGAGUGGCUCCAGUGAACCUCUAAACAUGAACACAAAUGUGUUUCGUCUAGCCAGCAAAAUAGUGCGCUUGGACAAAGUUAAAGCUGGUUUGGAGACUCAAGCCACUUCACCGUCACCCAAAGCGAAUCCCAAACCCAGAAAAAAACAAGACAUGGACGGUCUUGUUGAGCUUCUGUCUCGUGCCCAGUGCAGUCGUGUGGAUGACCAGCGUGGUUUACUCACCAAAGAGCAGCUGGAAUUACCGCAGUUCCUGCAGCUGCCAGCAGGGAACAAAGAGGAGACUUCCUGCGACCAGACACAGGGAGAGGAUUGCGCUCUUUGACCUGACAACCGUUUAAGCACUAUUCAAGCAACUUAAGACUCGGUUCAGUUAGCUGUAUGGCAGACUGGAGGAGAGGAACUCUGAUGAGGUUGUGUGUGUGUGUGUGUGUGAGAGAAAGUGAGUUGAGGUUUCUUAAUUUUAAGAGUGAUUGUGUAAGGUGUACAUGUUGUAUAUUACAGACUGUUUAGAGCUCUUAGAAACGCUGCCUGUCAAAUAAUGCAAAAUUAUGGGAAAUUGCUUUAAAAAAAAAAAAACCCAACCAACUACAUUUGCCAGCUAAAACUAUUGUAUUUAUUUUCAUAUCAGAUUGUAUUGUGUGCUCUUAUUUAUCAGAACAUAUUUGGUAUGGGAACACAUUAGUAUGACUUUAUAGCGAGCGUUUUGUUGUGCACAGCCAGUUUUAUUCUGAUUAAAAAAGGUUUGGCGUGAGCUGUUGUGGGAAACUGCACUUCGUUGUGUGUGAUUUAAGGCACUUUUUCAUGUGGUGGCACAAUCUGAUAUGAAAUUAGAUGAGCUCGGCCAUGUUUAGUUUUUAAAAAUUAAUUUAUUUAAUAUUUCCUAAAUUAAACGUAGUUCCCACUUCAUCCCAAAACUGUAUGGCUUUGUUUUUCAAUUUAAUUGUGUUAUUUGGUUAGAACUGCUCUUUUGUAUAAAAUGAAAGCAUAUGUUGGACAACAUGUAGUUUAAAUGUACCAUUUAUUUAUUUUCAAAAAAAAUCUGAAUUGAGAUAUUAACUCAAUUCUGAUACUCGCUAUUCUGGUUUAUUAAGUCACUAUCAUUCAAGUAAUUCGCUUCAAAACGUCUCCUUUCCUCCUACAAAAACGUAUACAGGUUUAGAACAGCGUGAGGGUGAGUAAAAGAUCAAUUCAUUUCCUUUAAAUACAGUAUCUGUAUUUUUAUUAA